CAGAGCAAAGGUCCGAGUAUAAAACCCUGAGCCUCUGACUGUCAUCUGCACUCUCUGACUUCAACAGACAGGCGCGGAUUACCAGAGAGAGGGGGCAAAUCACCAUAUCACCCUACCAGUGAAGAGGAAAAUCCUUCUACAAUGGUAGACAAAGUUUUCAAAAAGACCAGUGGAAAUGGCCAGCUCACUCUGUACUUGGGGAAGAGAGACUAUGUUGACCACAUUGACUCAGUUGAGCCUGUUGAGGGUGUACUGAAAAUCGAUCCUGCAGACCUUGGAGACAGAAAAGUUUGGAUUCAGCUGGCCUGCGCUUUCCGUUAUGGUCGUGAAGACCUGGACGUGAUUGGGCUUUCCUUUAGAAAAGACAUCUGGAUUCAGCACAUACAGCUAUAUCCUGAUGCUGGCCACAAACCCACCCUGACAGAGAUGCACGACACUCUCAUGAAGAAAGCUGGAGAGCAGGGUCAUCCCUUCACUUUUAAUAUUCCUACCAACCUUCCCUGCUCUGUUACACUUCAGCCUGGCCCAGAUGAUAAAGGAAAGGCUUGUGGUGUUGAUUUUGAAGUCAAGGCCUACUUGGCUCAAUCAGCUGAUGACCCCGAUGAGAAGAUCGACAAGAAGGACACCUGCCGUCUUGUCAUUCGCAAAAUCCAGUUUGCUCCUGAUAACACAGGAUCUGGACAAAAAGCUGAGCUCUGCAAGAGCUUUAUGAUGUCUGAUAAGCCUGUUUUUCUGGAGGCCUCUCUGGACAAGGAAAUCUACUACCAUGGUGAUCCCAUCCCAGUCACCGUUAAGAUCAAGAAUGAGACCACCAAAGUUGUGAAAAAAAUCAAGGUUACAGUUGACCAAACCACAGACGUGGUUCUCUAUUCAGCCGACAAAUACACCAAGAAUGUGCUGUGUGAAGAGUUUGGGGAAACUGUAGAAGGAAAUGCGACUUUUGAAAAAACCCUCCCGAUCACUCCUCUGCUCUCAAACAACAAGGAGAAACGUGGCCUGGCGCUGGACGGCAGACUUAAAGAUGAAGACACCAAUUUGGCCUCAACCACUAUAAUAAGGGGAAGUAUGGAUAAGGAGGUUCUGGGAAUCCUGGUGUCCUAUAAGAUCAAGGUUAACCUCAUGGUAUCAGGAGGAGGUCUGCUGGGAGGCUUGACAGCAAGUGAUGUGACAGUAGAGCUGCCUCUGACCCUGAUGCACCCUAAACCCAAAGAUUGAAUGCCCAUAUCAGAUUCCACAGGACAGAUGUUAUCCUCGAGUACAUUCCCUCAGCACUUUCACAGCAAGACAGAAGAAGGAAAGUCGCACGGCUCCCCAUUAAACAAAGAAGGCAUUUCAGACAAUGCCAGGAGUACCUCACAACACAGAAAACACAUUAGUAUCACUUAGCAAAGUCGCUAGGUCAUACUGAUGGUGAUAAAAUGAGAGUUUAAAGAAUAAAUCCAACUUCAAAACAUAAGUGUGGAAUGAAUGAUUGCCUUGAGGUUCUCAGUCCAGGAAUAACAUACCUCUUCUUUGUGAAAGUGCUCCCUAAUGACCGUCAUCUUACCUAUAAAUGAACCCAUAGGAUACAAAGUUUGUCUGAGCAAUGCAUUUCAAUGUAUGGAGUUUAAUCAUCUCAUUAUGUAUGCUUGUUGUAACUUGUCUUGUGUAGAGUCUAGAGCCAUUUAAACCAGCAACAUUUAAAUCACAGCAACUUUUGUGUCUUGUUUGAUUUGUCAUGUGUGGAAUUUUUGACUCUUGAGUCAUUAAACCAAAUAAAAUACCUAUGAAACCUUCA